UAAGAGCUCUGCUCCGUUGUUGUAAUCAUUUUUCUACGAAGAUUUUGCAGGAUACAGCAACAAUGAGUCAACCCGGUGGCAGACCCGUAGCCGCCAACGCCGAAGAUUCGGAUUCGGACUUGGAAUCUCAAUUUCCUUGCCAUAGUUGCGUUGAAAUGACGUACGGCUUGGAGAUAAAAACAAACAGCAUAUCUCACUUCGGAUAUAAUCUGCGUUCUGCAAUCACUAACUGUGAAAUAAUGGUAAUAGAUUAUAAUAAAAGGCGACGAGAGCGCAGCCCAGAGGCAGGCCCAAGUCAUCCCAUGGCGCAACUUGAUGCUUCGAGCAGCAGCAACGCCGACACCGCAACCAGCAAGGAAAUCGAUAUAUUCUCAGAGCACAAUGAAGAGCUAGCUGACUAUAUACGACAGAUGAACUACCGUCGCACCAGGAACAGCGAGAAGCAAACAAUUGGGUCAUGGCUCAUAAUUUCUUAUGUUAAUGGAGGUUGGGACUACAACACCGUGAGGAAUUAUCUUUUGGAGGAAAAAAAUUGCCUAUCUCAUACGACGUGUCCGAUUCCGAUUCCGACGGUUCGAGGACUGGCUUCCUGAUCCCGGUGUCGAAUGAAUUACAAUUUUAAUUUGAAUACUUAAUCGAAAUUGGACGUAAUCGUCAUAUUAAAUGUUAAAAUAUAUAUUAUAUCAAACUUAGAAAAAUAAAUAAUAUAUUUAAAAAAAAAGAACGACUGCGUAUUAAAAAUAAACAAAAACUUGUUGAUCAACUACUUUAGUUGAUAAUUGCAAGAAGUAAAAUUGUGUAGGUACAAAUUAAGGGACUUCUUUUUCUAAUUUUAAAGCCCUAAAAAAAAUUAAAAAAAAAGGAUUACGUCAUCUAUCUAUUUGUUGAUACUAAAAUUUUCUUGGUAACAUCUUAAGCUCUUUCAAUCGAAGUGUGGAUUGACAUAAUUGAGAAAAAUAUUCAAAUAGUCAAUCAAUCUUUGAGACGGAAGUCCCUUGAAUUUGAAAAUGACAAUAUAAUUUAAUCAAAAUAUAUAAAGUAUUACUGAUCAAUGUAUAAUUAUAAAAUCAUUUAUGAAUAUGUGUUAGUUGUUAAUUGGAUAAAUGUAUCAAAAAUAAAUGUUGUUAACUUUACUGUGCUACGAUGUAAUUGGGGAGAGACAGCAGUAAUUAAUGACAGAUUAGUAGUUAAAUUAAAUUAUCAUAUUCAACAACUUAAUCAAAAUAGUUAGAAGUUGAUCAUCUUGGUGAAAAAAUAUGUUGU